AUGGCUUCUGGCGACGAAUUCAUUCAUAUUUCCACUGGGCCCUCACCAGCCCGGUCGGGGUCGCCUACCAAUGCGUUCUAUGAUAAUGCGGAGGGAAAGCGAUGGUUCACAGAGGGAGUGAUCGUCGAAUCACUGCGUGCAAAAUACCCUAAAUACCUCCUUACUAUCAAUCCGGCCUACUCUACCAGUCUGCUUGGAUUCGCCAAUUCUCGUGAUGAUGCUAGCUACUCUUUGCGAGACGGGGGUGAUCUUGUUGAACGACAAUUUCUUCCUCCUGCUCGGAGAUACAAUGAUGAGAAUGGCGGUGCCUUUGGCGAAAGUGUAGUCAUGGGCUGCUAUGAUUACAUCUUUCAGGGCAAUGUCUUUUUGGUUUAUAUUGUCACCGGCGCUGAUGGCAUGUUUGGAAAGACAACUUACAACUACAUUCUUGUAGCACCUGAAGCCGACGGUAUCGACAUGAUUGCUACCGAGAAGGUACAGGCGCAGAGCAAAACUGAUCAGUUAGUCAGAGAGGCUACUAAAUGGGGAAACGACCUUCACAAAGAGGUGCUUGUAUUUGACCAAGGCUACUGGCAAAAGAAUCGGGAGCUUUGGGAAAACGUCCAAACCGCCAAUUGGGAAGAUGUUAUAUUGGAAAAGGAGAAGAAGGAAGCGAUCAUUGAUGACGUUCUAGGUUUCUUUGAUGGCCAAGAAAGAUAUUCAGAAUUUGGUGUUCCAUGGAAGCGAGGAGUAAUCUUUUACGGCCCUCCAGGAAAUGGAAAGACAAUUUCAACUAAAGCACUCAUGCACGAUGUGUCAAAACGCUUGUCACCAACCAUAGAGUCACUUUACGUAAAAUCCUUUUCAUCAUAUGGUGGCCCAGAACUCGGAAUCCGAAUGAUUUUCCUCAAAGCACGCCAAAUGGCACCGUGUCUCUUGAUAUUCGAGGACAUCGACUCCCUUGUCAGUCCAAUGAUUCGAUCUUACUUCCUCAACGAAGUUGAUGGAUUGGAAUCCAACCAUGGUAUCCUUAUGAUUGGAUCUACCAACCACCUAGACCGUUUAGAUCCAGGAAUCGCCAAGAGACCUAGUCGAUUCGAUAGAAAAUACUUCUUCGAUGUUCCAACCAAGGAUGAGAGAAUCCAGUAUGCUGAUUAUUGGCGUCAUAAACUCCGCAACAACAAGAAAGUCGACUUUCCUCCAGAGAUGUCCGUACGAGUCGCGGAUAUAACUGCCGGUUUCAGCUUUGCCUACAUGAAGGAAGCUUUCGUCGCCGCUCUGCUCGUCAUUGUUGCCAGGACCUCCACUUCGUACAAGAAUAAGCAUCGCGAGGAUAACCUUAGCGGUAAUAUUCUGUGGAAAGAAUUGAAGAAGCAAAUCGAAUCAUUGAGAAACGAGAUGGACGGAGAAGAUGGUGAUGAUGCGAACCUGAGCAUGGCAAGCCAGUUUCUCCCAGCAAUGAGUGGUAUUAUGGAGAGGAGCUCAGCAGCACUUCCAAUUGACAUUACCGGAGCGCAUCAAGCGUUCCUUGGUGCAAAUUAUGCUGGACAACGACCUGAUGGAUGCUACAUUCCUCGCUAUACUCCAAAUCAGGGAGGUAUGCCUCGUUAUAUGUGA